CAACCCAGGGACAGUUUUAUCUUCAACUCACACUCUUUUAUCAUGAUUACAUCAUGAAGACGACUUUGUACCAAACACUAGCACUAAUAGUAACGAUCUAAUUACAAUAAUCGGAAACGUGCCUGCGAUUUGAUAUUGGAACGGAUUGACUAAGAGAAGAUUGUCCUCAGGAACAAUAAUUGGUAAACAAACACCGCUCCUUUCAUAGCUAUUGUCAGACGAUUGGCUGUCAAACGAAGGGAGGGUGUCCUCUACAGCAACAGAACAGGGGGUGACCUCCUGCCUUCCAGUGAAUUAGCAUCAAGAUCCACCAUAGGCAGCCUUCGCGUUAUUCAGCGGCUUUAAGAGAGCACCGUCCCCAGCAUGGAUGAGGAGGGCACCCUGAGUCCUUUCGUGUACUGGGCCCAGACAGACGCUACCAUCACCCUCAGGAUUGAACUCAGGAAUGUACAGUAAAGAAAGCUGCGUAUACUACAUGAAGAAACCCUAUGUUCAUACAAUACAGUUGUGAAGGUGUAGCGCAAGGCAGUGGGAAUGCUGACACUAUCUCCCCAGGUGGAACUGGAGGACCAGCAGCUGUCCUUUUCAGCAGUGGGUCAUGGUGCACAGGGAGAAAAGAAGUAUGGGUUCACCCUUCACCUCCUCAGACCCAUUGACACAGAGAGCAGCAGAUACAGAGUGUUGGAGCGUAAUGUGGAAUUCAGUCUGAACAAGGUCAAUGUGGAGUUUUGGCCGCGAUUGCUGGAGGACAGUAAGAAGCCGGCCUGGCUCAAGAUUGACUUUGACAAGUGGACACAUGAGGAAGACCUUUCUGAUGAGGCAAGGGACAUCAAUGAUGACUUUCCUGGCCUGUAUGAGAAGAUGCAGGCUGAGGAGCUGGGGUGGCCCUCGAAGCGUGGUGUUUCAGGAGAGAGCCUCAAGAAGGUGUACCUGUUCUUGUACAACCUGUGGCAGUUUGUGGGCUUCCUCUACCUCACAGUGGUUACCUGCACCCGUUACCUCAAGAAUGGCCAAGACUCAAUGGCAGGGACAUAUGCAGCAGUUGGGUGGAUGAUGCGACUCUGCUUGAUUACCCAGCUACUGGAAGUCUUACAUCCCAUGGUGGGCUACACUCGAGGUCCUGUGCUUACCUCCCUUUUGCAGGUUGGCGGAAGAGGGGUGAUCUUUUUCUGCCUGAUUGAAGGCGAGGAGAGAAUGCAAACCAAGCCUGUCAUCUUCUACCUCUUCCUUGUGUGGUCUAUUAUUGAAUUAGUCAGGUACCCAUACUACAUGCUGAGGGUGUACGAUGUGGACAACGGCUUCAUCACUUGGCUGCGCUACACUCUCUGGAUCCCCCUCUACCCUCUGGGCUUCAUCCUGGAGGGAGUCAUCAUCAUAAGAAGCAUCCCAUACUUUGAAGAAACAGGCAAGUUCUCAGUCUCACUGCCGAAUUCACUCAACUUUGGAUUCUACUUCCCUAACAUUCUCCGCAUCUAUAUCCUCAUGUUCUUUUUCCCAGCCAUGUACAAGAUGAUGAGCCACAUGUAUCAACAGAGGAAACAAAAACUGCAAAUUCGACCCAGAACCAAAAAGUUACAGUAAUAUUAGCCUUUUGGACUGAUUUUGGUUGUGUCAUAAGCCACCAGGCCACUAUUUAAGGCAGUUUAUUUCCUUAAAGCUCCACAGUUAAAAUUUAAGAAGGGCCUUGAAGACAGUGCCAAGUGUCAAGGACUUUGAAGUGUACCAUGAUUUAUCAGAGAUUUGAGUAAUUGUGUAUGACUAAAUGAAGCACCCCAUGUUAGAUGUACUGCUUGCACCAGAUAACUGUAUAUAGCAUUUUAUUAAAGCUGUAACUUCUACAUGGAAGUGCAUGUGAUCUUUCAAAAACUGGAGGUAAAAAAAGAUCCAUUAAAGGAGAGAAGUCCAGCUAGUCACAGUGCAGGCUCAGCACACUGCUGAGCAAUAUUCUGCAUAUGAAGGGCUACCUAUACAAACUAAGUAGCCUUUAUAAUAAACAUUUUACCUAGGCAGUGUCCUUGUUUGAAUGGCCGCUUGAAAGUGCAGGGAGGAAACCAAGCAAUCAGAGCACUCUUCUCCCUGUAGCAUGGCCAUUCUCACCUAAUGAAGAGUCAGUGGCAGCUCACCACCAUUAUUCACUUUUGUUUUGGCCUUCUUACCACACAGUAUUGCCCUUAACUCCUCUUUGCUCUGUAUGUGUGAAUGUAGUUGUAUGAGUGGCCCAUAUGCCAUUGCUCAGUUUCCCACCAUUCCUCUAAUAUAUUUUAUUGUUUAAAUUGUUCAUUUCAUGUUUUUGUUCUACUGUUUACAAAACAUUAUCAUAUGCAGUAUUCACCAAAAAUGCUGAAUAUAGUAUAACUUUCAAAGCCGUAUUGUAAGUUGCAAGAAAUAUACAACAAGUUCUGCUCUGCAUGUGAUAAUAUUGAAGAGUUUUUAAUAUUAUCAUGAUUUUAAAUGUCUACUGAGACCUACAUUUCAUUCCCUAAGCAUGGGAAAAAAUUUUAUUGUGGGAAGUUGCUAAUUGAGCGGAUUUUUGUUACAUUUUGAUCCAGCACAAACAGCACUCCCAAUAUGUGGCAAAAAUGUUCUAGUGAGAAAUAUAUUAACACAAUACUUUACUUCAUGGAUAUAGUGUGCACUAUGAAAACAUGAUAUUACAUGGAGAUUAAAGUAAGAGCAAAAUUUGUUGAAUCAAAAACUGCAUGGGAUUGCUUUUCAUCUUGUGAUGGAAACAACUUCAUCACUGUAAAGAAGACCAAGCAUUCAAAUCUAUUAUGUUACAGCACCUUCACUAGGUCAUACAUAUCCUUCCUAUGAACCAAUGCCCAACACUAGUCAUUUCUCUAAGUCAUUGCUCUCAAGUGACACAGGUCCAGCUCUCAUCAUCUCAGGAAGUACUACACUGAGUGGUAUCUUUGCUGCUUAUGUCAACAAGUCUCCAACAGUGAAAAGGCUUCCUACCUCCUCCACACUGGCUGAAGUUUUAAGAUGGAGAGACUAUUCAAUUAUCAGGUAGCUGGUAGAGUCAAUGAACAUCCUUUUCCAUCACCAACAUCCAUCCCUGUCCAUCUCUUAAUGUAUCUGAUGUUCAACAUUUGCAGUGUGUGUGUGCGUGCGUGCGUGCGUGUGUGCGCGCUUGCAUUUGUAUAUGUACAUCCUUAUAUGUGUACUACAUAUUCAUAGUAUCCAAUAUCUUGCUGGCAGUUAAAUAUAUGAGUAACUUCAUACAUAUUCUUUGGAAAGAAUGGAAGAAAUGGACUGAAUUCUUAUGGAUGAAUUUUCUGCAGCGCAGUGUGUGUGUGUGUGUGUGUGUGUACUAAACUUACAAUAAUUUUUGUGUAAUUAACAGCCUCCCAAUAGAUUAAA